AUGAGUUCUGACGCCCCCGUCACCUUCAUCAAGAAGCGCAAGGGCCCGCCCGCCGGCCUCCGCAAGAAGGAGGUCGACACCGCUUCCUCAUCAGCCGACUCGAAGCCAGCCGCCUCUGAGGUUGUGCAGGCUGCGAAGCGUCACUUCACGAGUCACCUGGUGCAGGGAACGGGUGGCUACAAGCGCCGGAAGCUGCAGGACGCGGCACUCGAGGCCCAGGACGACUCGGGUGAGGAGGAGGACAAGGAGCGCAAGGCGUUCGCUGUGCGCCAUUCGACCGAGCGAAGGGCCGAGGGGAGGCGCAGCGAGAGCCCGCCGGCGUGGGUCAGCUCGGAGCAGGCCAAGGAGAUGGCGCGCGACAAGAACGCAAAGGCGGAGGAGGUCCCGGACGACGGGCUGUAUCGCGGCGCCAACAAGCAGAAGAACCAGCUGCCGAAGGCUGUUGGACCAGUCAAGGGCGGGCCGUCGAACGUGCGGACGAUCACGCUUGUCGACUACCAGCCGGACGUCUGCAAAGACUACAAAGAGACCGGCUUCUGUGGCUACGGCGACACUUGCAAGUUCUUGCACGACCGAGGCGACUACCUUCACGGCUGGCAACUCGACAACUCCUUCCUCUCCAACUCGGCUGCCGCCGGCUCCUUCCUGGCGAAACAGCGCGCCCGGGAUGGCGACAAGGACGACUCGGACUCUGAUUCGGACGACGAGCUGCCCUUCGCCUGCCUGAUCUGCCGCAAGCCGUUCGGGCCGGAACCUGUCGUGACGUUGUGCGGCCACUACUUUGACUCGGCGUGCGCGAUCAAGCGGUUUGCAAAGACGGGCAAGUGUUUUGCGUGCGGAGCGAGCACGAACGGCGUCUUCAACCGCGCAACCAAGCUCAUCGCCAAGCAGAAGGAGCGAGAAGCGCUGAAUGCCCAGGCGCGGGAAGAGGAGGAGGGCGAAGGAGGAGGCGAAGGUGAUGGCAUCGAGAUCGAGGGAUUGGCGGAUGGCGGACGAGCAGACGGCGCGCAUGACGCGAACCGGCGACGAGAAGCGGAGGCCAACGAGGACGAGGGAACGGAAGAGGAGGAGGAGGAGGAGGAGCGACCGAGGCGCCGGCCUAUCAUCGAGUACCACUAG